AUGAUUAAACAACAGCAACCACAGCAACUUAAGGCACAGACCAUUACAUACGCCAUAUAUGCAUAUAAUUCAAAGACGGCAGAACAAACGCAAAUGUUGAAAUAUGGAGAUUUGGAGAUAGUAUUGAAAAAUGACCAUUUCGAAUUCGUUUGCAAAGGUGGUGCAGUGAUAUCAAAUAUAAAAGAAAUUUUAUUUAUGAAUUCAAAAAUUAAAGGUAUAACGGAUGAUAUAACAUCAAUUCCACCAGAAGAACAAAGAUAUUACGCAUUAAAUGCAUUUCCUAAAGUUUUGAAGAUUGGAAGAUUUAAUUUAAAUGAGGAAUUCAUAAAAGGUUUCCUAAAUGACAUAAUGAAGAAGGCAGAUAAGGAAUAUGUGGAUAGUGAGUUAGAGGAGAAAGCAGAUAAGGGAUUUGUGGCU